AUGGAAGGGAAGCUUGCCUGCAGGGGCCACAAGCUGUCACAUCUUGGAGUUGGGGAUGGUCCAGACCCCAGCCCUUUGCUGGCAGCAUUCAAGGCAGUGCGGGACCUAUCAACACAAGGUGGAGAUGGAAACCAAAGGCAGUGGGCGGAGCUCACAACGGUGCUUGUCGAACUCGUUGACGAAAUGGGGCCAAGCGAAAUAGCAAAUGUGUUUUGCUACUGCCGACGUGGCCAAUUUGUUCAUCCAGUUUUGCUCAGUCGAUUGGCUGCCAGCAUUACGCCAGAAGUCAACAUUAGAAGACUGAAAUGCCAUCACUUGAGCAUGCUCAUGCACUCUUUAGGAGUAUUAUUUCGAGACAAGUUGCUUUUACGCACUGAGGGCCCACUACCCAAGGGACAGGAGGUGUUCCCAGGGCAAGAGGCUUUGGCCUGGAGUUUAUUGCGUGAGAGUAUCAAGCCUGAUAGGUUAUGCCGAUUCGAUGAGCAAGGCUUGUCCAAUGUAGUUUAUGGAAUUGCCUUGCUAGGCCUACACAGAAAUACAAGUCUGCAGCCUGAGGUGGAAUUUGCCAACGACAGCCUUUCAAGAGAGGUUUGCAGGGACCAGCGCAUGAACAAAUUCAAUUGCCAGGAUUUGUCAAACAUUGUUUAUGCCUGGGGUUUGAUGGGCUAUGCUGACUUGACUGGCUUGGAAGUGCUGGGCCUAGAGAUAUCAAGACCACAACGUUUGCAGUCAUUCUCGGAGCAGCAAAUUGCAAAUAUCAUAUGGGGCUGUGCCUCUCUGGAGUCUGUUGUGCAUCCGAAUCCAAAGAGCAGCAGGUCCAUCGUGUUCCCAGCCUUUUUUGAGGAAAUUGCAAAGUCUCAGCGAUUGAAACGCUUCAAUGAGCAGGGUUUGUCCAUGGUCAUGUGGUCUUUUGCAAGGUUGAUGUCCAGCCACGAAAUUCCGCCCAGUGUUUGUGACUGUGUGGUUAAGGAGUUGACAAGAGCGGACAGGUUAAAGAAGUGCCGAGAGCAAGGGAUAGCAAACACAGUAUGGGCAAUGGGCAAAUUAGGAUUGUUGAAUGGAGGUGCUGUUGAAGCGUUGCUGCUAGAGGCAACGCAAGCAGCGAGGAUGCCCAAGUACAAGCCCCAAGAGCUUGCAAAUUUGGUACUCGGGGUGGCGCACUUGUGUGAUGUCGUAGACUAUCAGCAGCUGUUCCAGAGCAAGAAGAAUUCGAAACUGGUGGCAGAUUUGGCGAUAGAGGUAAAUAGACCAGAGCGAUUGAGUGCAUUCAACAACCAAGAAGUGGGGUAUCUUUGUUGGGCGUUCAAGAGACUGCAGCGGGUGAUCAGCUCUUAG